AUGCUCGGCACUCCAGGUCGCUCCCCGCGCCACCUCUCCUCCCCUUCCCCCUCCGCAAUUUCCGAUUACACCCUCCAAACCCCCACACCCUCCUCCUCCUCCGCCGCCGCAGCCCCCAAAAACCCCAGAAGCGCUGCCUACCCCAAGGUCCUCGACGAAGACACCUACGUGGCCGUCAUCGAGCGCAUCAUCGAGCGCGACUUCUUCCCCGACCUCGCCAAGCUCCGCGACCGCCACGACUGGCUGGAGGCCGUCAAGACCCGCGACCCGGUCCGGAUCCGAGACGCCCAGUUACAGAUCAUCGAGCGCCGCGGCAACAAGGUAAGCCGUUCUUCAAACCCUAGCGCCACCAAAACCCCCGGCUCCACUUUCCUCCGUAGCUGCACUCCUCUAGAUGAUUUCGAUAACAAAACCCCCCAAACCCCCGCCGCGAUUCCCGCCGCUGUUGACUCCGGCGAAGCCGCCAUUGAGGACUCGUUGAGUUUGGACCAGUUUGUUAGGAGGUACACCAGUGAGGAUAAUGAUAGCUUUUCGAAGAUUCUAGAGAAGGAGAAUAGGAAGAGGAAGGAGAGGUAUGAUUAUUUGUUGGAAGGCGAAAAUUCGGAGGAUGUGAAGGCCAUUGAGGAUGUAAAGAGGGAUAGGAUUACGGAUGGUUACGGGACUUCGGAUCAGCCACCGAGUACAUUGGAAGGGUGGAACUAUACGGCCAAGAAUCUGUUAAUGUACCAUCCUGCUGAUAGGGGCGAGGCUCCGUUGACGUUGGAGGAGCGGUCGGUGAGGAUGAAGAGCUUGGAGAAGGAGAUUAAUCGGACGAAUACGAGGUUUCAUGGGAAGAUGAUGGACAGGCCGAAAGAGGAAGGGAGCUUUGAGGUGCUGUAUGCUCCGGUUGUGGGGGGAACCCCGGUUAUUAUGGAUAGAGAUGGGGAUAAGUUGAAGAAGUAUGAUUUGGAUGAUUUGAGGAAGACUCCGAAUCCGUUUUAUGUGGAGUCGGAGAAGAAAGCAGACAAUGGGUAUAGUUUUGUGAAGACGCCGUCCCCUGCACCAGGUGUUGAUGAAUCCCCGUUUAUAACGUGGGGUGAGAUUGAAGGGACGCCUCUGAGGUUGGAGCCUGAGGACACUCCUCUUGAUAUUGGUGGGAGUGGAGGACCUCAUUAUAGGAUCCCAUGCCCGGCUUCAAGAGACGAGAAGGCUUACUCACUGUCAAGGGUAGCUGCACGGAAAUUGAGGGAAAGAGAGAGAUUGUUUCCGAAGCCACCUUUGCCAUCGCCAUCUAGAGCUGGCAGUGCCAGUCCAAGUGUGCGUACACUGUCUCCUGCUGCCCAGAAGUUUGUAAGGAAUGCAAUUGCCAAGUCUUCAUCUACUGUUGAUGAAACUCUUCGGGCCAGUUACAGAGGUGCAAGUCCUGGUUUGGCUACCCCUAAAGGUGGUAGGAGUGUAUCAAGGUUUAGUACUAUGAAAUCAAGAUCACCUUCUGCAAGGGAGGGCUCACCUUGGUAAUUUGUAGUUCUUUUUGUUUGAUGUAUCAUCUCAGCGAUUACUCUUGUAUUUGGCAUAAAUAAGCCUUCUGUUUUGAACUACAUAUGUAAAAAUUCAACUGUUUUUCCUUUUAUUGACAAGGAGUUCAUUGUCUGGUUUAAGCCGUUUAACAGGGAAGAGUUGCUCUGUUGCUACUCCAUAAUUCACUA